UUGCAUGGAGUUGCCCAUCUUGAUUUUUUCUUCUUCCAUCUCUAUAAUCGGACGUAUAAAUAAGUUUUGGACGCCAAGAAUAAAAAUACCCACUUGGAAUAACGAAAUAACCGGAAAACAAUGGCCGAAUUCUCAGUGGAACGCGUAGAGGACAAGCGAACGGUGAAUGGACGCACGGAAUACUACCUAAAAUGGAAAGGCUAUCCCCGCAGCGAGAACACCUGGGAGCCGGUGGAAAAUCUCGACUGUCCGGACCUGAUAGCCAACUUCGAGGAAUCGCUGAAGAACAACAAAAAGGAGACCAAGAAGCGCCUGUCCACCUCCUCCACACCCGACUCAAUUCGCAGCAAGCGCAAGAGCUUCCUGGAGGACGAUACCGAGGAGCAGAAGAAGCUGAUUGGUUUCGAGCGCGGUCUGGAACCAUCAAAAAUACUUGGCGCCACCGACUCAUCCGGCCACCUGAUGUUCCUGAUGAAGUGGAAGGGCAGCGAUCAUGCAGACCUGGUGCCCGCCAAGCUGGCCAACAUUCGGUGUCCCCAGGUGGUCAUCCAGUUCUAUGAGGAGCGCCUCACCUGGCACACGGGCAGCGGCAAUGGGAAUAGCAAUUCUGGCAUUUUAGGAUCCUCCGGUGGCCUGGGCUCCGUCGGCGGCAGUGGGGCCGGCGAUGAUACCGCUCCCGGCAGCGUGGGCACCACCGGCGGCGGCAGCAACGCAGAUGGCGGUGACGAGGAGGAUCCCGAACCGGCCAGCCCCAUUGGCAGCAUCAAUCAGGACGAUAACGUCAAGCCGGACGAGAGUAGCGAGCUGGACAACGGACAGCCGGAUGCAGAUGACUAGUUGAGUGGCAGACACAAAUGACUGUUCCGGAUUAACCCGCUUUUGUGGAUACAUACACACCGGCUUAAUACGAUAUACAUACAUAUUUCGUAGCGUAGCCUUUAAGAUACAAACAAUAAAAUGGAUAAGCUAAAGUUCUGGCGGGAGUCCGCGGUAGUAUAUAAAUAAUCUAUAAGUUGAACUGUACAAUUUUUUUAAACAACUACCUUUACUUUUGAACCCUAUAAAAGUUGUAUAAGCACAUAA